AUGAAUACUUAAAGACCUAGAAAAAACUUUAAAACCAGUGAUGGUACUCCAGAACCUAUGAAUCAAAUUUAAAAUUUUGGUGAAUAAGCUCACUAAAACUAAGCUAGCUAUUAGAAAUAGAAUUUCAAUAACUCAAACAACAGUUAUCACCACAAUAAUGCUGCAUCUAACAAUUCUAAAAAAAUUAAGAAGCCUAAGAAUAAAUUGAAUUUAAACAAAUUUCACUAGCCUAUCUUUAAAAAAGAAAGUGAAGGAAAAUUGCUUAAAAAGAAAGCAAGAGACUUGCAAAGAUUAGUUGAAAAGGAAGGUGUUGCUGAAGAAAUCAUUGAGUCUAAAAAGGUAGAAUUACAAGAAGUAACUUCCAAAUUAGAGCAAAGAAAGAAGAAACAAAAGAGAUUGGAAAGAAAAGUUAAAUUUUUACAAUAAAAAUAUAAAUCUGUUAUGAAUGUAGAAAUGAAGAAAGUUUUGAGAUCACUAGAAAAGAAUGAAAAACUUAUUUCACAAACCUUAGAUGACGAAAAAAGAAAUGAUUUAUUUGCAAAGAAAAAAGAAUUAUAAAUGAAAUACAACUACAUCAAAUAUUUCCCUAAAGACAAGAAGUAUCUUUCACUCUUCCCUAAUUAAGAAAAUGAAAAAAUGGUAGCAUUAAGAAAUAAGAUUAUGAAGGAAAUAUAAUCUAGAAUUGAACAAAAGGAAAAAUAUCUUAACAAGAUUGAGCUCGAUCCUAAGAAUAAAGAAGAAUUAGAAAAUAAAUAAAAAGAUAAAAAGUAGAAAAAGAAAGUAGAAUAAAGCGAAGAAAGUGAAGAAGAUUCAUAAAUGGAUAUUGAAAAAGAUAGUGAAGAUGAUUCAAGUGAAGAAGAUGAAGAAAAAGAAGUUAAAAUGCCAAAGCUUGGUAAAAAGCAUGUAGAUAACUUCUUCGUCGCUCCUAAUUCAGGUGUCGAUGAAAAGUCUUAAGUUAAAAUUAUUGGUAAAGAUGGUAGAGUUCUAAAAACUGAAUAAAAGAAAAAAGCUUUAUCUGACAGCGAUAGUGAUAGCAGUGAUGACGAAAGUGAUUGA